CUCCUCAUUAUCAUUACCUCAAACCCUUUUUCAUUGGCCAAUGUUCUCUCUCUCUACCACUAAAGCUGUUUUCAUUUUCCCCGUCUUUUAAGAUAUAUAAAAGUGGAAUGAACCCAUAAUUUAAAAAAGAAAACAAAUAUACUAAAUUAAUUAACAACAAACAAAACAAAGGAGGUUCAACAAUCAAGACCUUGGAAACUUCCACAACUACCUCAUAACAUUAACCCCUACUCCAAUCCUAUCAAUUUAUCUAUAACCAAUGCAUGUGACCCUUCUCUAUAAUAUCAACAAUACUAUAUACAAUUAUUCUAAAUGAAUAAUUUUAUAAAUUGGUAAAAAAAACAACUUACCCAUCUCCAUCUACACUACUUACUUACUUACUUACUUACUUACCCUACCAUUCCUUACUCGAGACCCCACCAAAUAUAGUAGAUGAUCACAUUCACAGCCCUAUUACAAUAGAAAACCCUCCUCUAUAUAACCCUCAUAUCAUCCUUGUAUUGUAUUCACAACAACAUAAAUUAAAGAAAUGAUCAUGGCUAAUAGAGGAGCAUUGGUUGCAGCUCUACUCGUAAUGAGUUGCUUCACAAUAGAAGCAUUACCAGUGUCUCAACCACCACUCCACCUCCCAAUCCCCACAGAAGCCCCAGCCCACCCUCCUUCCUACCACCACCACCACCACCCUCCGGCCGCCGCACCCGCUCACCCACCACACCACCACCACCACCACCACCACCCUCCUCCUCCUUCUUCCUCCCCUGUCCCAGCUCACCCUCCUCCCCACAAGCCAUACACCCCUGCUCCCCCACCCAAGCCAGCCACACCACCACCCAAGCCAUACACCCCAGCACCCAAGCCAGCCACACCACCACCCAAGCCGGCUACACCACCACCAAAGCCAUACACCCCAGCACCCAAGCCAGCCACUCCACCACCCAAGCCAUACACCCCUGCACCCAAGCCAGCCACUCCACCACCAAAACCGUACAACCCCGCACCAAAGCCAAAGCCAUCGACUCCACCAGCGAAGCCGCCGGUUCACCCACCUUACGUUCUUCCACCAAGGAAGAUGGUGGCUGUUCAAGGAGUGGUUUACUGUAAGCCUUGCAAAUACUCAGGAGUCAACACACUAUUAAACGCUACAAAAGUUGAAGGUGCUAGUGUGAGAUUAGUGUGUAAAAACACAAAGUACCAUUUGUACGAGGACGGAACAACAGACAAAAACGGUUACUUCGUAAUAAAACCAAAGUUCUUGACAACUUAUGGAGUUCACAAGUGCUCAGUGGCAUUGCUCAAGUCUCCACUCCCCAACUGCUACAUUCCGUCGGCCCUCCACGGUGGUGACAAGGGUGGCAUUUUAAGGCCUGAGAUGCCCAAAUCCCCCGUCGACAAACUCGCCCCUCUUUACUACUCUGUGGGUCCAUUUGCCUUCGAGCCCAAAAAGUGCUAUUAAUUAAUCAUCAAUUGAAAAAGAAAAAAAAGAGAGAAAGAAAGAAAUGCAAAGAGGUGUUGUUGUUGUUGUUGUUGUUGUUGUUGUUGUAAUGUGAGUUCAAUUGUUUGAUCUUUCAUCUCUUUCUAGCUUAGGAUUUUGUUUUGUGUUGAUUUUAGUCCUUUUUCACUAAAUUAAUUAAGUCGUGCUAUAAUUAAUGUUGUAAUGUCAUGAAAGCAAAUUAGUAGUAAGUACUCUACUCAUUCACUUGGGUGGAUUAUUUUACUUACCAGCAUGAUAAUAAUAAAGUAAAAAUUAUUAUUGUGA